AUGGGAACGGAGCAGAUCUGUUGGAGUACGCCUGCCGACGCUGACGAUAAUCGAGAUGCUAUACCGUUUCCCAAUCCGCUGAUCGAAACCUUUCGCAUGCCAGCGAAUUCUGAGGUGACCUUGUUGCGGUCGUGUCCAGAAGGAAACGUUUUGUCGGCGACAGCGCCGGAUGAAUAUAGUAUCUACAAGGAAGUGCUACGAACAGGAAGAUGGUACGACUAUCACUUAGAGGCCACUUUAGAUCUUAGAACGUUGCAGGGGGACGAGUUUAUAUCGGAUCAAGGGAAUUUCGUUGCUGUUCAAGUGUUGGUUUGCCUGCUAAGUUCAUCGGGGUUUUGUUCGCCUUUUGUACAUGAGCAGGCGAACGAGCGACUGGAAGCUCUAGAUGUUGUUGAAGAACUUAAAACUGGCGAUGAACAUGGAGGCACACACGUCCACAGUCCUUAUGUAUUGGUCGAAGUGCCCCGGGAUGCAGGACCCGUGUACAAGAUUUCGUUGAAAGUACCGUUGCAGGUUAAUGACCCUGGAAGUUUCUUUGCAAUAGGUGCAGUCCAGAUGUACUCAAUGGGAGACGAUGGCUCUCUGAAUCGAUUCGAUAUGGCCAACGCCUUGAGUGACUACCGUUUGUUGGCUUAUCAAGACCCCCCGGUAUUAGUGAAUGUUCCCAGUGCAGUUCUCUCAUUUUCCUACGUCGCUAUUAGUAUUGCUUCGCUGGCUAUUUUGUAUCUUUUAGUCGAAACGAUUCGACACCGAAAUAAUCAAGUUUUGCAGUUGUCUCAGGCACCUUUCUUGAUUGUCUUUUUGGGCGCUGCUCUGGUUACUACAGUGGCGACAUUUCUUUUGGAGCCGAGAAACGAUCUGUUUUGUCGGGCAUCAACUCCAAUCAUUCUGAUCGGGGUCCAAUUAAUUUUUGCAAUCGCGAUAGGCAGACUUUGGCGGAUUCAUGCUGUGAUCAGCCCGUUACUAUUGUCUACUUUGAGAGGACGGUCACACCCCCAUCAAAUGGAAGGCUCGAGAGUAAACGGCUUCACGAGAAAGGUCUUAACUUGUUUUACUCACUGUGUCUCAUGUUUUGGUGGUAGAACGGCUCCCAAGUCUCUGCGUAAGAAAGUCAGCUCACUGCAACUCUCGCUUGUUGUAUGCGCAUUUGUCCUCCCGCAAAUUAUUUUGCAAAUGCUAUCUGUUACUCUACAGCCGAUGGAAAAAGUGUACGAGUUCAAUGCGGAACGUAGCAACGGACGAGCGGUUUGUCAAAUCGGAGUCGAUGUGGCACAGUCUUUCGCUCGAUAUGGAUUUCUACUCUUUGUAUUUAUGCUCUUCGUGUUGCUGGCAAUGGCCUAUUCAACAAGAAACCUCCCUAGCCUUCUCAAUGAAACGCACGUUAUCUUUGAUUCAGUAGUCACCACCAUCAUCUUGAUCGUCCUUGGUGUUUCUAUUGUUUUUGUAUCGGAUGAUGUGUCGACCUCUCCUGCGGUACCUUACUUGGUUUGGGUGACUGUUACAAUUUCCCUAAUGCUGAACUCAUCGAUUCGAACCAUGCUGCCCAAAUUACGUAUGAUAUGGAGUGGCGAGGUGGUACUUGUCUCAAGGCUUGUAUCGGAUCAAGGGGAUCACAGCUCAGAUGGACAUGAAAACGUGACUGGACUGUAUCCGCCACCAACAGACAGCAGGAAUGAAUCGUACUCUUCAAAUCAGUAUCCAAGCACGCACAAAUCUCGCAGUGAAGAAGUCAUCGAAGAUCUAGUGCAGUUCGAGAAGGAAUCUACUCAAUUCGACAACGCAUCGCCGACACUAGUUUCUCAGUGUGGCCCAGCCAAGCCGUCGUUGCCGGAUGAAUAUAUUGUUGGCACAAAAUGCGAUGUUGCUACGCCAGAUGAGCCAAUUGCGCAAGAUAGGAAAGACUGUGACCAAUUUGCGAAACGAAGGCAAUCAGAUGUGAUCGUGAUCAACCACAACGAAGCACCGGCAAGACGGCUAGUCUUGAAAAUGCUAGAUUGCCAAAAGCAAUUGGCGAGAAUAAAUGAGCGAAUCAUGUGUGGUCUUACAGUGAGCGAAGAGGAUUGGUUGCUCACUAGAAGACUUUCACAUAGACUGGCCUCCACUCUUAGUGAUGAGGUCAAGUUUUCGUGGGAAGACGAAAUGGUUCUUUUGUCGGCUACUGGACAACCAGAUGGCGGUAGAGAAGAGUCGGGAAACGAAUUAUCCAGGAUGAACAACGUAAUAUAGAGAACUUUGUGUAUUG